GGGAGAGCGAGAGAGAGAGAGUGCAAGAGAGAGAGAGGUGGGGUUGCCUUCCGAGCUGCAUGCUUCUCUCAGCCUACACAAUCCACGCAACACAAUUGCAGACACUGUAAUGAUGUUGGAUACGCUGUAAGAUUGACUUGAACUGUGAUCUUCUGUUGAAGGACACACAAAGUCGUGGAUAAAUCAUUGUCUUGAAGCCCAUCAUGGAAGAAACAAACCUGCUAAAGGAACGUCUUCAAGCUAUUACGGACAAAAGGAGGAUCCAGGAAAAUAUUGCCAAGAAAAGAAGAGAGAUAGAGGAAGAAAAACUCCAACUCCAAUACAUAAAGAAAAAGUCUCUGAGGGAGCAAUGGUUGAUGGAUGGUUUAAGUCAACAAUCUGAGGAGGAGCAGGAGGCAAUGAGGCUUCAGGUUCAGGAUGAACAGCAACAAAGCAAUGAGCUGCAAAGCAACAUUGAAAAGAUAGAAAAAGAGAUUGAUGCCUUAGAAACAGAGGAGCUCAACAUUUCUGCCAAUGAGGAAUUUGUUCUGAAGCGAUUAAAAGAAGUGGAGAGGACACCCGAGGACAUUAUCAAGAAAGCUAAUUCCGAGACAGAAGAAUCCCAUGGGCGAGAACUAGACGAAGGUUGCAGCAAUUCAGAGAAUCACAACGUUGUUACUAUGGAAACCACUGAGCUACCAGAAGUGGAGAUGGACAACAGUGAGGAAGUCACUGCAACUGAUAUCAAUAUUGAUCACGAGCAAAUCAGUAUUAAUACAGACCCGUCGGAUUCCAACAAUGAAUCAAUUUCUACCAACAUCUCAACCGAUCUUCUAACCAGUGUGUUGCCCGAUUGCCCUGAAACGGUUGUUAGCGAUGACAUACCGGUCCAAGAUGAAAAGGAAGUCAUACCAUUGGAAGAAGAACAUGAUGAGCUCAAAAGAAAUGAGUCCAUCACUUCUUCUGUGUCGGAUACCCUCUCCAGUGCUGAAAGUGUUUAUGAAAAUGAGGCUCAUUGUAAGAUACAGGAAGCAACAGAACAAGAGGAGGAAUUAGAAGAGCACUGUGUACUACAGACAGGUUUCGAUCCAUUGAGGCCUCUUGAAAUAGAAGAAACAUUAGAGGUAGAAGAAGACGCAUACCUGGAGCAAUCUACGGAUCUACCGCAAUUCCUGGAUGAGGAAGAUGAACCUUGUAAUUAUGCCUAUCACAGUUUGGUGGUAGAUGACGAGGGGGACACGGAAGUCCCUGAAAACCUUUUGGAAUCACCAAUUCCUGAAGAAAUAUUGCUCGAGCAGAACAUUCCAGAAGAUGCUAUGUCGGAUAUAUCAAACGAAUCCGGCCGUUAUCUUGACCCCGAUGAAGUAGAUGAAUGCUUACGAGUGGAAAUUGCCGCCGCUUCCUCGGAUAGUGACACAGAUGAAAAGUGGAGAACGAUAUUUUCUUCUUCUAUAAAUAAAGAAGAUGACGACUCCUAUCUGGAUAGUCUUCAGUUAAGCGCGCAGGAGCUCUUUGUGCAGAAAGUCGAAGUGAUUGACGAUCAAGACCAAGAAAACGACCACUAUGACGAAGUCCAACUCGACAUUCCGGAGGUUGUAGAAGUGCUAGAACAGCCAGACACCUCAUCUUGUCCUACACCCCCACAAGAUGUGAAAUGUAUCUCUCUGAGUCUCCAAGGUCUGUCGAAAAUCUCCGAAGAUGAAAAUGAAAAUGGCAAAGAUGAUAGUAAUAAUCACAACACUCAGGAACAAAUCUCCCCGAACUUGUCAGAUCCAAACAGGAAGCUACCGAAAGACUUCUGCGUGAUACAAGAAACGACGAGCGAGAAUGUUAGCACGGAGCACGUUGACUUCCAAUUGGCUCGUAAGCAGUGGCGAGCUAUGGAAGAACAAACCAAAAACAAGGUUGUCAUCCCUUCAACCCGACAGCCCAAUUUCCAUUGCAGCCACAAUUGCAUGUACACACCGGUCCGAAACAUCGAAAGAACUAACAGGAAAUCUCAGGAUCUGGAAAACUUGACUCUACUUGGAGAUUAUACACAAUUCAGCCCGUGUUCAGAAGAUUCCGGCUUGGAUGAUUCCAGUUACAGAUCUCCGAAUGAUGAUUUCGAAACACCAGUUGAAAGGGAGAUUCGUAUAUCGAUGGAAAGAGAGGAGAAAUUCCGAAAGGAGAGAGCUCUGUCCUAUAUGGGCAAGUCUGCGGAUGCUCACUUUAGCAGCCCAUCCCAAGGAAUGCCAAGAUCCAUUAGCACUCCGCUGACCCCCUCAUUCAUCAUCACGUCCUCUCCCACAAAGGAACCGCUAAAAAAUGAAACCAACGUGAUCAUUCUUGAUCCAAGCAGUGGUUUCAAUUCCAAUCCCAGGCACGGCGAAUGGUGCUCCGAGGAUAGCGGUUCAAAUCUGAUCAUUUUAGAGACGUCCAAUCUGAUUAUUCGAAGCGCUUCAGACUUUUCACUCAACAAAGCCUGUGAGCCCCAAGAGAAAAUGUUCAUGAGCAACCCCUUUUUCAAGCUCAGGUCACGAAGCACAAUGUCAUUGGUGGAUGAAGAGAUACAAUUGAUGAAGCAAAGAGAGGAAGAGCUGAGGAAAGAAAGGGCAAAUCUUUACGGAAAAGGCAGGUUCGGUGAUAAAAGGAUGCUGACAAACAAUUUGGGUACUUUGUCACUGGAUCAUCCAGCUUGUCUGCCAAUGAAGUGCAAGUCGUCGCCAUCAUCGCCAAUGAAAACACCCAAAAUGGAUCGUUCAACUUUAUCCUGCGAUCAUAGAUUUCCGGAUGGCUACGCUGCAGGAAGACGCAAGAGUGCCAUGGCUCUUCGCUGGGAGGCAGGCGAGUUUACUAAAAAUGAAUAACGAGGAAGACAUAAAUCGUGUAUUCUAAGUGUUAAAGAUGCCGUGUUGCCAAUAUUCAUCUGAAUUUUGUGAUAUGUUUCAAUAUUGCUUUGGGCUAAAAAAAAAUGCAAAAUAGUUCAAAUGUUUGUCGCUGCGCUUUAACAAUCAUA